UACACUGAAAGGUCCGGUGACGGCGGGUCCGAGGUGCUCAGGGUUUUAGGCAUAGAGCCCCCUGGCUGACGUUUCUGGGUGAAUUAUAACUAAGGACAACUGAAGUACAUAAAAGUGAAGAAUGUUGGGGAAGAUUACAACAGAUCCACCUUACCUUACAAUCGAUAAUUUCGAGGACUGUCUGGCUUCUGAUGAUCUUCUGGUGCACUUCUUUAAUGACUUCCUCAGCCUACCUUCGUUCCCUGAGUGUGUUCAGUACAACCAGGAGACGGGUGUGUUUGAGGUGGUCAGUGGUUCAGCGGAGGCUCUGUCUAGGAGGAUCAGGUCAGCCCUGCAGCACUUUCAAUCACAACGUCUCACUGACCCGACAGAGCUGGCUGCUAGACCCGUGGUGGACAACCACUACACUGUCCUGUGCUUGGACAGAGUACAGGGAGUGAAGUGGAUCCUACAAGAAAGACUAUCCUUGUUUAUUCAAAGUGACUGCUACUUCGAGUACAGGUUAGCGAAGCUGUUUUCUCAGUGGGGCCCUCGGGGCUGCAACCAGAAGAGGGAUGGUGCCUCAGUCCCACACCCUGUCACCACAGAGCCCGUCUGUCCUUCCCCUGGGCCUGAUGACAGAGAGACCCUGAUGAAGGUCCUCUAUGUGUCACUGGGGCAGGCCUCAGUAACAGACAUGUUGACAAUGGCUAAGGACGAGGACAAGCAGCUGCCUGUCUGUACCCGGUCUGUGAGAAGCCCAGUGUGCUCCCUGGGCCGGGAGGGACAGAGGGGUCCGUCCUCAGCCUGCUUCUCCUGCAUCCCCGACUCAGAGUCCUACGCCCUCUCCUCCUCACUCCUCGUCUCCUUUCCUCUCUCCUCUUCACUUCUAGACUGGGACAGGAGACGGGGAGACCACAGCCCAGAGCAGGAGAUGAAAGUCUACCUCACAGAGACAGAGACAGAGGCAAAGACAGAGAUAGAGGCAGGAACUACAGAUGAGGGUAAUGGGGACCCCAAGCCCCAGAGUCCCUCCUGUUCUACCACUGAUGAGGAGACAGGUGGUCCCCACACAGAGAGCCCCUGUGAGGGAGGUCCAGGGUCCCAGGUUCAUGUUGUGUUCCAGGGGUCCCAGGUUCAUGUUGUGUUCCAGGGGUCCCAGGUUCAUGUUGUGUUCCAGGGGUCCCAGGUUCAUGUUCUGGUUGUGUUCCAGGGGUCCCAGGUUCAUGUUGUGUUCCAGGGGUCCCAGGUUCAUGUUGUGUUCCAGGGGUCCCAGGUUCAUGUUGUGUUCCAGGGGUCCCAGGUUCAUGUUGUGUUCCAGGGGUCCCAGGUUCAUGUUGUGUUCCAGGGGUCCCAGGUUCAUGUUCUGGUUGUGUUCCAGGGGUCCCAGGUUCAUGUUGUGUUCCAGGGGUCCCAGGUUCAUGUUGUGUUCCAGGGGUCCCAGGUUCAUGUUGUGUUCCAGGGGUCCCAGGUUCAUGUUGUGUUCCAGGGGUCCCAGGUUCAUGUUGUGUUCCAGGGGACCCAGGUUCAUGUUCUGGUUGUGUUCCAGGGGUCCCAGGUUCAUGUUCUGGUUGUGUUCCAGGGGUCCCAGGUUCAUGUUGUGUUCCAGGGGUCCCAGGUUCAUGUUGUGGUUGUGUUCCAGGGGUCCCAGGUUCAUGUUGUGUUCCAGGGGUCCCAGGUUCAUGUUGUGUUCCAGGGGGGUCCCAGGUUCAGGAUGAGGCAGAGAGCAAUAGAUCCUCUCAGACUGUCACUGUGGAGGAACGAACAGCUACGCCCUCCCUCUGGUGUCAACCCUAACCCUCGUUACAUCACCAUCCGGCCUCACACCUCUAUACCUCGACCUACCAUCCACCCAGACACCUCUCUACCCAGAGACAGGACCCCCACACCAGCUCACACCUCUAUACCUCGACUUACCAUCCGCCCAGACACCUCUCUACCCAGAGACAGGACCCCCACACCAGCUCACACCUCUAUACCUCGACUUACCAUCCGCCCAGACACCUCUCUACCCAGAGACAGGACCCACACACCAGCUCACACCUCUAUACCUCGACUUACCAUCCGCCCAGACACCUCUCUACCCAGAGACAGGACCCCCACACCAGCUCACACCUCUAUACCUCGACUUACCAUCCGCCCAGACACCUCUCUACCCAGAGACAGGAUCCCCACACCAGCUCACACAAAGACAGGUUAUGCCAGCAGCAGUCCUGUUGUUGGGACCAGGAGGAGGGAGAGGAUGUUACAGGGUCUAUGUGUGGACUCACAGGCCGGGUUCUACUUCACACGUUACUGUGAACGCUCUGGAAACCCGCUGUGGGAGAAUGCCGUCCACUUCUGGUGUGAUCUGCAGCAGUACCACCAGCUCUUCUACCAAGAUGGGCUGGAUCCCUACAGGGUACAGAGACAGGCUCAUUUGCUGUAUUCAACCUACGUGUGCAGUGCUGCCCGUAGUAGCAUUGGGGCGGAGGAGGAGAGCAGAGAGAGGGUCUAUACCUGUCUCACUCCCCCGUUUGAGGAGCUGUUUGACUGGGUGGAGGAACACACUCUGACCCUCCUCCUGGAGCCCUGGACACUGCUCACCACCAGGGACACGGACGCCUUCCAGAAGGUGGCCGUACGGGAGGAGACUCGCCAGGUGGAGUCAGAGCAGUACAGAGAACUGAAGACACUGUACGAGGAGGCUGUACACGGACUGGAACAGCAGGCUGUGGCCCAGGCCUGCAGGCCCCCUCCUCCACCACUAGAGGUCCCCAGGUCUCCAGCUCUGUGGUCUGCCGUCCCAGAGAGGUACAGAGGGUACAGGUUGGGCUCUCUGCUAGGACACCGCAUGGAGCUACAACACUUCACAUCCUUCCUACAGGACAACACCGCCAGUAUACACCUGGCUUGCUGGCAGGACAUAGAGAACUACAGGAGAACCCCCCAUAAAGACAAGGCCCAGAGAGAGGACAAGUCUAGACUCAUUAAGGACAAAUACCUCAACAGGAAAUACUUCUUUGGGCCUGACAGUCCUGCCACCAGACAACAACAGGAUGAGGUGAUGCGUCUGGCGGGUGGCUGGGGCAGACUGCUUCAUGACCGUCUGUGUGCUCCUGUCCUGGUGAACAUUCAGAGCAUCAUCAGGAACCACAUAGAAACAAGAUGGCUGCCUGUCUUCCUGACUACGUCGGCGUUCAAUGAGAGACAGCAGCAGAGAGUCAGGCCUCGGGGUGAAGACGAGGUGGUGGACCAGGUCUACCAGCGACACAGGAACAAGAGAGAGGUGUGGAAGCAGGUGAAGGGGACGUGGAUGACCUCUGCAGGGGAGAUCCUGGCUCUCCGGAGGGCCCUGCUCAACCCCGUCACAUGUCAUCAGUUCCGGCGCUUCGUCUCUCUGAAGGGAGACUUCCUGGAGAAUGACAUCGUGUUCUGGCUGGAGGUCCAGAGGUACAAGGACCUGUGUCAUUCCCACUGUUUGGAGGCUGUAGUCCAGGACAAGGUGUCCACCAUCAUCAGCUGUUUCAUCCAGUCCUCCGUCCCCCCGGCCCUGCAGAUAGACAUCCCCCCAGAGCAGGCAUCACACAUCCUGGAGAGGAGGAGGGAGAUGGGGCCCUACGUCUUCAGAGAGGCUCAGAUGUGUGUGUUCAGUGAGCUACUGAAGCUGUGGCCAGAGUUCCUGUCGUUCAGCAGCGGUGUGCAAGAGGAGGAGGUGUUGUCGAUGUUGCAGAACAGCGUGAACAAACAGAGUGCUAAACUGCAGCGCCGCAGGAGGAGAGAGGAGGAAGUGGAGAGGAGAGCCCAGGAGGAAGUGGAGAGGAGAGCCCAGGAGGAAGUGGAGAGGUUUCCAGAGGAGGAGGAGAAACACAGAGGACAACAGGAGAGCAGAGAGCUGCUUUACCCGAGCCAACAGUUGUCUUGGUCCUACUCUAAAUACCUGGUCGCCCUGGAAAGAGAGGAGGUGCUGCUGAGGAGACAGGCCCAGCUGGAACUCACCUCCUCCACUGGGACAGACUCGUCCUCUGCCCACAGUCUGAAGUCAGAGGGCAGCAGACACUCCUGACAGAGCCGACACCAGGCCCAGCGGACCUCUAUCGUCUCCCCCAGGACAGAACCAACACCAGGCCCAGCGGACCUCUAUCGUCUCCCCCAG